GUCAAUUCUUUCUACUACCCAUCAACUUCAAGUCUCUGAAUUUUCCGUCCAACAGUGUCGAUACUAUAUCAAACACAGAAAACGAAGUUCUAAAUACAAGAAGCGAAUAUGGCGUCCCUGCCGUCGACAUACAAAGCCGUUCAUCUGGCCAACAGACCUAAAGACCACAUUGAAGCGGACACAUUUACAGUCAAGCAACAUCAAACGCCUUCAGCAUCGUCGCUGAAAGAUGGACAAGUGCUUUUCCAGCCUAAUUAUCUUUCCCUCGACCCAGCCACUUCAACCGUGCGUGGAUGGCUGGCGCCAACUCGCAGCUAUAUACCACCUGUCAAGAUUGAUGCAGUAAUGCGUGGUGUGGGUGUUGGAACUGUUGUCGCAAGUAAAUCGUCCAAAUUCAGUGUUGGAGAAGUCGUCUACGCUGGAUCCGGGUGGACUGAACUGGCGGUCCUGCGCGAGAAAGAAGUCGAGAAGCUGGAUCUGCCUACGAAUGGUAGAAUGACCGACACGUUAGCAACUUUGGGCAUGCCAGGCUUGACAGCUUACUUCGGCAUCAUCGAUGUUGGAAAAGUGAAGGCUGGAGAUUUCGUCGUUGUUUCUGGAGCUGCCGGCGCAACAGGUAGCGUCGUGGGCCAAAUCGCCAAACUUAAGGGUGCGAAAGUCCUUGGCAUUGCCGGCUCGGAUUCGAAGUGCAAGUGGCUUGUGGAAGAACUUGGGUUUGAUGAAGCCUUGAAUUACAAAGACAAGGACUUUGCCAAGAAGUUCCGCGCGUCAACGAAGCAGCUUAUCGAUGUCUACUUCGACAAUGUCGGCGGUGAGGUACUGGACUUGGCACUUUCAAGGGCAAAAGAGCACUCUCGUUUUGUGAUGUGUGGCGGCAUCUCACAAUACAACACGAAGAACCCCCAAGGCCCGAAGAACUACCUGAUGAUCGUCAGCAUGAGGAUCAGGAUGGAGGGAUUCGUGGUCUUUGAUUAUGAGAAGCAGUACCCUCAGGCGAAGAGGGAGUUGGCGCAGUGGGUCGCGGAAGGGAAGAUUAAGAGGCAGGAGACCAUCAUCAAAGGUGGUAUCGAGAAGAUGCCGGAAGCUUUGAGAGCGCUGUACGAGGGCGUGAAUACUGGCAAACUCCUAGUCGAGGUCAAAGCCCCAUCAGAGUCCGGCAAGUCAAAAUUGUAGGCUGUAAAUCUGGCGGGCAGCACAAUGUGUAACCCUGUAUACUUUCAGCUUCUUCAUGAAGGCGGCCAGCAAGCCUCACUCUCCAGAAUAGUGGCCAUCGAUUCCAAUUUCUGCUGUCAGAGCUCACGAGGCUGGAAACAGUUUCUGUCAGUGUCGGCUCGCAAUCACUUCUGGCUUCAGGAAUGAUCAGUGGACCUUUCGGCUCUCGCAAAGGCCAGAGCAGCCUCUGAGCCAACGAUGCGAACAUCUCAUAUGCGAACAUGAUGCUAGAUUUGGGAAGCAGACAGGAAAACAGA